AUGCCUCGCGAUCCUCUUAUUGGCCUUGUCGGGAAGCCAUCUAGUGGCAAAUCCACAAUGUUAAACUCGCUGACUGACGCGAGUUCAAAAGUUGGUGAGUAGGCCGAGUCCUAAGCAGUUCCCGGAAAACUCAAAUUUAGUUGAUUCGUGUUAACUUGGUAUCCAGGGAAUUUCCCGUGAGUUACUCCGAAACCUCCACCCAGUUAUGCCUGCUGCCGUACUCACCCUCCCAGAUUCACAACCAUAGAUCCCCAGAGAGCAAUAGGAUACCUUCAAGUCGUAAGUCCUUGUGCCUCACCUCUCAAUCCAAAGCCCUAAAUAUAGGAGGAGUAUCAGGACCUAAGAGAUAGAAAAAUCACCGUGUCGUAUCGUUUGAAUCCAGGACUGCGCAUGCAUUCGAUUUGGCAAAUCUGACCAAUGCAAACCGAACUACGGCUCUUGCAAUAAUGGCAAACGAUCCGUUCCCAUUGAGCUCCUCGACGUCGCGGGCCUCGUACCCGGCGCUCACGCGGGGAGGGGGCUGGGAAAUAAGUUUCUGGACGACCUUAGACAUGCUGAUGCGCUGGUUCACGUUGUCGAUGUUAGUGGGACUACGGAUGCUGAGGGGAAGAAUACCAGGGGGUAUGAUCCUUCCCAGGAUAUCAUCUGGCUGAGGGGGGAGAUUGUGCAGUGGAUUCAAGGAAAUUUGAUGGAGAAAUGGUGGGUAUCCCUUGUAGCAGUUUGAGGUUCUUGGCCCAUUUUUGAUAUGGUGCGUGGCGAUAGGGGAUCAAUAAAGAGGCGGCAUGUGGCCUUGAGUAUGUUUUUCCCUCAUCCGCUUCCAUCCUUGAGAGGGCCUUGCUUAACUUUGAUUCGCAAUAAAUAGAGGCUUCACCAGUUGAUACUCUUCAGGGCCAGUUCUCUGGAUAUGGCUCCAACCAGGCGAUGGUCGCCCGAACCCUAGACAAACUUCAACUAAAGACACCUCUGGAGAGCUGGGAUCAGGAGACAAUUGAAAAGGUGGUCAAUGCAUUUACGGAUGAGAAGUUCCCGACGGUUUGCGCUCUGAACAAGAUCGACCACCCCGAUGCAGAUAAAAACAUCGCCAAGAUUGCUAAACAGAGAGACCCAAAUACCAUCGUGCUCACUAGCGCCAUCUCGGAGGUCUUUCUGAGAAAGCUAGCUAAGCAGGGCUACGUUAAAUAUGCUGAAGGCAGCGACUUUGUGGAUACUAGGGAAGACCUGAUCGCAGAUGGUGAUCCAGAUGGUGGAGGGUUGAAAGAAUUGGACGAUAAGCUCAAGACGUUUGCUAUCCUUAUCCCUGUAGCUUUAGUGGUGCUGAUAAUUUGGCGCUCGCAGACGUGUGGAGAACUUGAAAGAUAUGGUUCUUUAUAGAUUCGGAAGCACUGGAGUUGUACAAGUCCUUUCCAGAGCUGCUCAAUCACUAGGACUAGUCCCUGUAUUUCCCGUGAGAAAUGUGAACACGUUCUCAUCCGGGGCCAAUUCGACGGGUGUCUUCCGGGAUUGUGUUUUGAUUAGCAAGUGUGGGCCCCUUCUUUGGUACAGUAGGACUGCGGUAUCUAACACCCAGAACAGGAACUCAACCGUGAAAGACGUUGCAAAGAAGGUCAUGGGGGAUGUUGCAAUUUCUUACAUAGAAGGUGCUGGAGGCACAAGAGUUGCUGAGACUGAUAUUGUGGAAGUUGGGAAAAACGAUGUCUGUCUUAAUUUUAUUAUCACCUCGCCCUGGGGUAUUCCUUCUAACAUUUUAGAUGACAGGUCCUAACGUUCAAAGUUGGAAGGGCUUAACACUGGCACGAUUUUAGCCUAGUGAGCAAGGGACAGUUCACGGUCUCGUAUGGAGGAGUUAUUGUAAUACUAGAGAGAGCCUAACACAUGGGUCUCUAGUUUGAGUUUCGAGCUAGGCAGACACAGAUAGCCCCACUGAUUUGGGGUAUUGAGAAUAAAUGUUUCAUGACCGCUAAAGGACAAACGCAAGAGUAAACGCAAGAGUGUUUGA